UCUCGACAUAACAGAUAUAUAUAUAUAUAUACUGAUUCGACCGAAAUUUGAGUUGCCUGUUUAAAUGAAAUUACGCAAAUUUGAACGAUUCACAGGAAUGGUCACGGUAGUAUAAUUACAGUGUCAAUAACGCUUUGUUCUUGAAUUUAUAUCACUGACCGUGGGAUACUUACAUAGAAAGUACUUACGAGAAUGACUACAUUUGAAUCGACAAUCGAAGGACCUUAGUUACGCAUAGGUAUAUAAAAGCUAGAUCGGUUACUAACGUGGGUACCAGAGUAAGUUAGACCACCUUUGGUUACACCUAACAAUUCUCGAGUUUGCCCUGUAUUUAUCAUGAUAGUGAUAGUAACGAUACUUGCAUUAAUCCUGAUCAAGCUUAACGAUGGAGCACCAACGAAAAUGGAAAGGAUGACGAUCGCAAAAACGAAUAUAACCGAUUUGGAAUCAUCUGCUACGGGUUAUACGUACGAACAAAGACAAAACUACCCUGUAACCUACGUACAUUACACCAAUUAUGGGAGCGGACGUUACUAUGAUACGCCAUUGCCAAUACAUUAUAUCGUCGAUGGUAGUAGUAAGGGUGCUGUUGCACCUGUUGCUCUGUCGGUUCCUCAAACGGCAGCCCUCUAUGAAAGGCCUCUAAUCUCUUAUACGAACGUAGGACAGAAGCUGAAUCCCUACAUGCAACAGCGAUUGUCUUACGUUAAGACGGGUAACGAUCACAUGGAAGCUCAAGGUGUCUACAUUGUCCCACAGAAACCCUUACCACCUUAUUACGUACAUUUAAGUAAUGAGAAGGUAAUAAAAGGAAAGGAUGGCAAUCAAGGUCAUGCCAACGAGAAGAGUAACGAGGACGUUAAGGAAACUUAUGAUAAAGAGAAGGAAUACAACGAUGAACACGGAGACAAUGAUGACAAUGACGACUAUGAAGACGACGACGAAGACGAUGAUGAAGACAAUAGUGAAUAUAACGAUGCUCACAAAACGUAUCAUUCCAAAGGAUUUAAUCAUGAUCAUUUGGGACAUUCUCAAAAAUUAUAUAAUAAGGAUCAUGAUCAUCUUGGAGAUAUCGGAUCUUCUUUUCAAAUCGAAGAGCAUUCAUCUAACGGGGAAAAAAGUGAUAGUGCUUACAAUAGCUAUGACACUUUUGACGAAGAACAGAAAAAGACGUAUGAUUCAGCUGAAAAAGCUGGUCACAGCAAUCUUAAGGGUAAGCAGAAAAAAGAGUAUACUAAUACAUCCGGUUCUUACGGUCAACACGAUGACUUGAAAAAGGGUGAAGAGGGUGCUAAACAUGAACAUAGCUCGUAUCAUAAAAAAGGAGGAAAGACUAAUGGUUUCCACAAAGUCUAUCAUAAAGACGAAUAUAAAAAGAACACCGACUUUUAUGAUGAAAACCACAAAGACGGACAGUUCAGUAAACAUUUUGCUUUCGAUCAGCAUAAUAAUGCAAAGGAGGGCGAUUAUCAAAAGGAAUCUCAUCAUGAUUCCGGUCUCGAUCAAUGGGAUAAGACGAAGAAAGAUGAUUUCAAGAAAGGCCACGAUGUUAGUCGCAAUCAAGAACAUCAUUCCGAAAAAGAUGAAGAUUCUUAUCACAAAGAUUACUCUGAUUAUUCGAAAGAAACUGGGGAACGAGCCGAAAAGAAACAUGGAUAUUCGAAAACUCACGAUGAUUAUUGAUAUGUAAAUAUUUAUAUAUUAU